UUCCUUCACUCCCGCGUCCUGUGCUUAUUUAUCCCUCUUGACAUUGUGCUCGGCUUCCGUCUUCAGACACAGUCUUGUCUAGGCGCGAGUGAGACACAAGAAAAGUUCAACCUGAGGCAGCGUUCAAACACGAAACUGUGUCGUAUAAGCGCUGUUGACUGCAUUGCUUAGUCCUCGAUUACUGUACAACUCACUCAGGUUCACGAAGAGCUCAGCUUUUGGAGAGGAUCAGUGGGGUUUGGCUUGAAUUUUGUCUCUGUGGAGGGUUGAAGUGAGAAAAAACCGUCUAGUUCUUGUCAUUCCAGGGAUGGGAGGAAUAUUUAGCAAGAACCAAUUCACGGAUGAUAUGGGCUGCUAUGAGGUGGCGUGUGCACUCGAUCCGGACUUACAGUCCUUUGCUGUCACCCUCCAAGAGCGCACAAACUGUGUCAUCAGCUCGUUUGCGGCAGAGGUUAAUGAGCCUGGGUCCAUUUCUUUUGAUGCAAUCAGAGAGAUCAUCGAAUGUCUGCUUGAAAUGCACCGGGACGUGGCCAAUUUCAAUCUGAAGUGCAAGGAAGAUAUAUGGAGAAAUCAAGAAUUGUUCUCAUUUGUGGAGGAUUAUUUUGCCAAUAGUCUCAAGACAUUGGAAUUCUGUAUAGCCCUAGAGAACUGCCUGAAGCGCACGCGUGAUAAACAGUUGAUAAUUAAACUUGCUGUCGAGCAUUUUGAGGAAGAAGUAAAAGAUGGGGUCGAUGGGGUAAAGCAUGUGAAGACAUUGGAAGAAUUGAGGAAAUAUAAGGCUGCUGGAGACCCUUUUACUGAGGAGUUUUUUGUACUGCUUAAAUCGGUUUAUGAACAGCAUGUAUUGAUGUGGGAAAAAUUGAAGGUUAGGAAGAGAGAGCUAGAUAAGAAAUUGAAAUCUAUAAAGACGUGCAGCAGAGUGUUGAAUGUCAUUUUCGCUGCUGCUUCCAUUUCUGGGUUGGUUCUCUCGUUGGUGGCAGCCACCAUUGCAGCUCCACACCUUGUUUUAGCUUUGGCUGGUGCAUUGACUGCAUUAGGUUCUGCGGGUGUGGGAAAAUGGUUUAGCUCACUUUUGACUCGAUAUGAGGAUGAUCUGAAAAGUCAAAGGGAGGUAAUCCGCGCAAUGCAGGUCGGCACUCGAAUUACAAUAACGGAUUUGCGUAACAUCGAGGCACUUGCCAACAAAUUGGAAAUUGAAAUUAAGUCAAUUCUGGACAUUGCUGAUUUUGCUCUUCGUGAAGAGGAUGCAGUGAAGCUUGCCAUAGAUGAGAUCAAGAAGAAGCUGGAUGUGUUUAUGAAAACUAUUCAUCAGUUAAGUGAGGCGGCUGAUAGGUGUGGCCGGGAUAUAAGGGACGCGAGGACGAUAGUUUUGAGAACCAUGUUCAGCCGUGAAAAUAUCUGAAAACCCUUUGUUAUGUUGUUCUGAAAACUCUUGUCAUGUUGGUGUUUAUGUGAAUCAACACCUUGAGUUAAUUACGUUUUUACAACAGCACAUGAGUCGGAUUUUUAUAUUAGCAUUGUAAUUGGAAUGGAUGACAGAAUGAAAUGGAGAUUUUAAGGAUUAUUUCCUUUAUUAGAGAUGAGACUUCUCUAGGCUUUGGUGAGACUCCAUUGCCGUCUUCUUUCUGUUGUAUUUUUCCCUUAAUUGUAAAUUGCUGUCCCAUUAGGCUUGUUCUGCGUCAGAGAGGGAGAAAUGUUGUAAUAAUUAGCAGAUGUACUAAACUACAUUUCUCUGUUU